ACACCUUGGAUCACCCUGUGUCCAGCCAUGAGCAGUCCCCCAGCUUACCCUGGCAUCAGGAUCUCGGGGUGCUGGGCCCUUGGAGCGGAAGGCAGCAACAAUGCCGAAGCCUUGGACAGGCUCCUCCCACCCAUGGGUGCUGGGCGCUCACCUCGGAAACGCACCACCAGCCAGUGCAAAUCGGAGCCGCCCCUGCUGCGCACCAGCAAGAGAACCAUCUAUACAGCAGGGCGGCCGCCCUGGUACAAUGAGCACGGCACACAGUCCAAGGAGGCCUUUGCCAUCGGCCUGGGUGGUGGCAGUGCCUCUGGGAAGACCACCGUGGCCAGGAUGAUCAUCGAGGCCCUGGACGUGCCCUGGGUGGUCCUGCUGUCCAUGGACUCCUUCUACAAGGUGCUCACCCAGCAGCAGCAGGAGCAGGCUGCCCUCAACAACUACAACUUCGACCACCCGGACGCCUUUGACUUCGACCUCAUCGUGUCCACCCUCCAGAAGCUGAAGCAGGGCAAGAGCGUCAAGGUGCCCGUCUAUGACUUCACCACCCACAGCCGCAAGAAGGACUGGAAGACGCUCUACGGCGCCAAUGUCAUCAUCUUCGAGGGCAUCAUGGCCUUUGCUGACAAGACUCUACUGGAGCUCCUGGACAUGAAGAUCUUUGUGGACACGGACUCCGACAUCCGCCUUGUACGGCGGCUUCGACGGGACAUCAGUGAGCGUGGCCGUGACAUCGCAGGGGUCAUCAAGCAGUAUAACAAGUUUGUCAAGCCAGCCUUCGACCAGUACAUCCAGCCCACCAUGCGCCUGGCAGACAUCGUGGUGCCCCGAGGGAGCGGGAACACAGUGGCCAUCGACCUGAUCGUCCAGCAUGUGCACAGCCAGCUGGAGGAGCGAGAGCUCAGUGUCAGGGCCGCGCUGGCCUCUGCACACCAGUGCCACCCCCUGCCCCAGACGCUGAGUGUCCUCAAGAGCACGCCUCAGGUGCGGGGCAUGCACACCAUCAUCAGGGACAAGGAGUCACUGGCGCCCCCAACCGCUCGGCUGCAGGACUGCGUCGUGCAGACGCCGCAGGGGCAGGACUACGCCGGCAAGUGCUACGCUGGGAAGCAGAUCACCGGAGUGUCCAUCCUGCGAGCCGGAGAGACCAUGGAGCCGGCGCUGCGGGCCGUGUGCAAGGACGUGCGCAUAGGCACCAUUCUCAUCCAGACCAACCCGCUCACAGGGGAGCCGGAGCUCCACUACCUGCGGCUGCCCAAGGACAUCAGUGACGACCACGUGAUCCUCAUGGACUGCACCGUGUCCACGGGCGCCGCGGCCAUGAUGGCAGUGCGCGUGCUCCUGGACCACGACGUGCCUGAGGACAAGAUCUUCCUGCUGUCGCUGCUCAUGGCUGAGAUGGGUGUUCACUCUGUGGCCUACGCGUUCCCACGCGUGAGAAUCAUCACCACGGCGGUGGACAAGCGCGUCAAUGACCUGUUCCGCAUCAUCCCGGGCAUCGGGAACUUCGGGGACCGCUACUUCGGGACUGACGCCGCCCCCGACGGCAGCGACGAGGAGGAGGCGGCCUCCGCGAGUUAGCCAGCGCCCAGCCCUCCGCACGCCUCCCCAGCCGGCCUCCUGCCUCCUGGCCGUGCUUCCGGAGUACAGACGUUAAUUUACUCUAAUUUGAAGAAACGUGUUAUCGCCCCAGCCAGUGUGCUCAUUGGUUAGAGCGUCGGCCCCUGCACCAGAGGACAGAGGGUGCAGUUCCCUGGCGGGGUGGGAGGCAGCCAGGCCCUGUGUCUCACGUUGAUGUUUCUCUCUUUCUCUCUCCCUCCCUGUCUUUCCACUCUCUCUAAAAAAAAUCAAUGGAAAAAAUAUCCUCUGGUGAGGAUUAACAAUAACAAAAAGUGUUACCAGUAUAACUUAUUCCAUAUGUUUUAUAAAAUAAAGUUUUAGGGGAAAAAUAAA